UAGCUGUACUUAUACCAAAAAGUAAUUCAAUCAAAAUGGGGAAUUAUUGAAAUUGAAAUAAAGUACUGUAUGAAAAUUGCAGUUAGAAAAAAAGGAGAAUUGAUUCCAGUGUCUUAUCUGCAAAGCCAUCCACCUGCAUUUAGUUAGUGGCCUCUAUUUUGGUAUUUUUUUUUAGCAGACAACAGCACUAACGCAGAGUGAUUACAUAGCUAAGGAGUGUCCACCUCCCUCCCUGUUGCUGUCAGCACUGUGGUACAGAGGUCUGGCAGCUUCUUCUUUCUCCAGAGACCAGUGUACUUACAAUUCGGUUCUUGCCCUCUUUUUCUCUGUCCCCCUCACUUCUUUGGACUUACGAAACAAAAGACAUCAAUCUAAGUACCAUACCAUACACUCCUACGAUGAAGCCUAUUCACCUUCUGGUAUUUGCUGUGCUUAUCAGCGGUGUACUUUGUCAGUUUGACUAUUUUUCAUACAUCGGUUUUCAUGACCCAGCAUAUCUGGCACAGUUGCCAUUUCCGGUGUGCUCUGUUGAAUGUGACUGUCCAGUUGACUUCCCCAGUGCCAUGUAUUGCCACAACAGGAAAAUGAAGGCAAUCCCAGACGUGCCAGCGGAGAUAAAGUACCUUUACCUCCAGAAUAACCAGCUCACUAGCAUUCCCAAUGGAGCAUUUGAGAACGCUACCAAUUUGCAAUGGCUGGUCCUGGACGACAAUCAGAUCACUAACAGUAAGAUUGGGAAGAAGGCAUUUGCAAAGUUAAAAUCCCUGAAGAGGCUGUACAUGAACAAGAACAACCUGACAGAAGUUGUCCACAACCUCCCCAAGUCCUUGGUGGAGCUGAAACUGUCAUCAAACAAGAUUUCAAAGAUUGGAAACAGCUUAAGAGGACUCGAAAAUCUGACCACACUUGUGCUUGAAGACAACAAGUUGACAGAUGUUGGUGGUGCCCUGAACAAUUUGAAGUCUCUGACUUACCUGGACUUGAGUAUGAAUGAGCUAACUAAACUACCUGACGAGCUUCCACCUGCCCUGGAGAUGUUCUACUUAGAUCACAAUUACAUUGAGAGUAUUCCCAAGGACUACUUUACCAAAGGUAGCCUGCAACAUCUGCGCAUGGCACACAAUAAAAUAACAGACAAAGGGAUCCCUGACAAAGUCUUCAACAUCACCACGCUGAUCGAGUUGGAUCUUGCAUUCAAUAGACUGAGGUCAAUCCCUGUUGUUAAUGAAAACCUAGAAAAUCUGUACCUACAGGCGAACAAAAUUCAAAAGUUCACCUUGAAUAGUUUCUGCCGCAUUACUGGCACUGAGGAUUUCUCCAAGAUCAACCACCUGCGCUUGGAUGGUAAUAACAUAACUUACGAUAGCUUACCCCUAGACAUGUCUCAAUGCCUCCGCUUGGCAAGCGUAAUGAUAAUCAACUGAGAAGAAAAGUUUCUGAUUUAAAAUUGUUCAUCGUAUAGCACAACCUAACAACGUUACAUCUUGUAUCUUCACAUAUUCGUAUCUUUUCUAUUGGAUCUUCAGUCGAACAAAACUGGCAAAAUAACGGAAAACAAAUUAAUGCUACAGCGAUAUACAUUAGGUACAUUAGUGUACAGUAGUGUACAUUAGGUACGGAUUAAAGCUGUGCAAUGUAGUAUCGUUUGGAAAUGGAUCAUUGUUAGAGUAAUGGAAUGUAGUUGGCUACUUGCUGUAUAUCAAUUCAGUCGCAGUCAAAUAAAGCUUCCAAAUAAAAAAAUCUUCAACUCGUGCGCACAAGUGCAAUGUUAAAAUUGAAUGAUAUUACUUCACUGUUUGUUUGUAUAGAUUCCCUCACGCAGAGCCAUCUUCUGCUGUUCAGUAUACUGAUAUAUAUAAAUAUAUAUUUUAUGUGCUCAAGAUCCAUUGGAACUUUAAUUUUAAGACUUAGUAAUAUUAUUAUAGGCUAUAUUUCGUAUGAACUUUAGAUUUGGAAAGAUUUCUUAUAAACAGCCAAGAUACAUUUUUUCUCAAAAAUUAUAGGAAUGCCUGGUGCCAUUGUCGUAACUCAGACUGAAUCAAUGAACACGUUCUAUUCAUGAUUAUUUCACUCUGAUAAAACAGGACUGGAGAAAAAAAGAUAAAUCAUUAAGCAUAUGUGAGAAAAGGGAUUUAUUUGGGUUAAUGAAAAACAAGAAUAUUAUUUUAUUUACCAACCAAGCCGCUUUCUUUCAUUAAUAGGUACUCUUGCAUAUAUCAUUUUUAAACAAUGAUAGCUUCUAAAAAUGUGAGAAUAAAUCUCCAUAGUUACAAUUAAAUAUUUUAUACACACCUAUUUUGUAUGUCGUAAAUUGUGUAUGACAUUUAUGCAUCUUCCUUUGACAAUUUGUAUGCAACAUUGAAUAAUCUCUAGGAAAUAAAGCAUAGUUGAUUAAGUUGCAUUACUUGUUAUCGCCUUUAGUUUAUCUGUUGUUUCUUCUGCUUGAGUUCCCAGCCUUAAAUCUGCCAGAAUGUCAUUGGAAUGGUUUCACAAUAGUACUGGGUUUGACCAUCUCAGAUCUCUAACAUCUGUUUGUUGCCGAUGAAUUCUGUUCUGUUCUCAACCAGGCUAAGAGGUUCAGCAGCUUCUGGAUACCUCUGGGGGUGAUGGGGGUGGUGUCUACCCCCUUACAAAAAGGCCCUAUUUUAGCUGAUUGCACUGUGUGGCAUGGACGCCCAGUCUGCAUGUGGUCCAGCUCAGUCCACUCUCCAGACUUACCUCUACCUGAUCUGCGAAAAUGAAAUGAAAUUAUUCAACCUGGUGAAAGCAAUAAAGAAAGAUUUUUUUCAAAACUUCACAAAAAUCCUUGUUCCAAAAUAAAUGAAGUGAGAAAUGUAUCAGUGACAUACCUUGUAUUUUAACACUUUCUGAAAAAAACAUUUAAUGUUUAUUGAAGACAUUAAAAUAUCUUACCU